AAAAAAUAUUAUAAAACAUUCUAGAAAAGUAUACAAUCUUAAUUUAUAUAAUUGUGAUUUAAUAGAUGAUUGGGAUUUGAAUCAUGAAUAUAUAGAUGAAGAAGGAAAACUAAUAAAAUUGAGUGGAUAUGUUUUUCAAAAUAUAGUAAGUACGGAUUCUAUGCCUACAGUGAAUAUAACUGAUUGGAAACUUAAAGGAUCGUGUAGUUAUGAUAAUUAUAUAUGUGGUGCAUUAAAUUAUAUGAAUAAUAUAUAUUCUAAAGGAGAUCGAGUUAUAUUUGAUGGUAAAAUAUAUGAAGCGACAACUGAGGUAUAUGAGACACCUAAGAGUAUGGAGAAUUUAUGGAUAGAAAAAACAAAUGAUUGUUAUGAUUUUUGA